GCAAACACUUAAAGAUCGGUUUUGGGGCCCACUACAUCGGUUCAUUGAACAGCCUUUUAAAAAACAAACGGAAACAAUGGAGUUAUUUGCUAGCUGGGGCUAUACCGCAUUGGUUCUAAUUUUGGCCGUGUCCCCAAUCGUGGACGCUCAACCAACAGGCGACGCGGCUCAAGAGUUAGCCCUCUGCGCGAACGAGACGUGCCAGGCGGGAGAAUUCUUUGACCACAGCAUUGGUCGCUGCGGGCCGUGCCCACCGGGUACCUACAUGGACGUGGGUGACCACAACUGUUCGAGCUGCAAACCGUGCACUCCGGUGGACGCCGCGGCCGACCGGGAAACUUUAGUGACGUCAUGCACGCGUCAAGCCGACACCGUCAUCGGAUGUCAGCCCGGGCGCUACAUGGUCAGGCGUCGCGUGGAUCUCUUCACGGUCACGUCCUGUCAUCUGUGCGGCGACUGCGCCGAGGGGGAAAAAGUGGUGCGCGAAUGUGGUGGGUUCGAUGACGUGGUGUGCAGCUCGGGCGCGAACAGCAAACCCGGCCCAUACGCAAUCCUUAUUUUCGUCACGGUCGUGGCGAUGCUCAUUUUGGUGGUGAUCUGUGUGAUGAAAUUCAAACUUAGCCUCGCAUUAGCCGGCUCCUUGAGGGAGCAUUUUCAAGUCAAGCCCUACAAGGAGCGACCCACGUUUUCCAAUGUCUGACUAUCUGUAUUGUGGACCACUUGCUCUAACACUGCUAUUCAAUGAUAGCUUACAUAAACGUAGCUUCUAAAUUGGUUUUAAAAAAUGCUAACGUUUGCCACACGGCAAGGGGGAAAGAAAACGUCUAUUGGUGUCCUCGGUGUUUAGGAUGUGUACGAUGCAUUGAAUGAUAAUCUAAGAUUAUUGAAUGCUUAUCUAAAUCUAAAAGGGGUAGCCUAUAACUAUCAUACACGUGUAUUUUUGGACAGCCUUACAUUCCCUUAAAACAGUCGGGUAUAACAGAAAUAUCCCUUUAGCCCAACAAGCGUAACAAAGAAAUCACUUUUGCCAAACGAGUGUAACAAAAAUAUCACUUUCGAAAAACGAGCGUAACAAAUCACUUAAGACAAACGGGUAUAGAAAAAAAUAUCACCUAGGGCAGAGGGUCUUAACCUGGGUUCGAUCGAACCCCAGGGGUUCGGUGAGUCAGUCAGUCUCAAGGGUUAGGCGGAGGUCCCAAAAAAAAUCAGAAUUAAAAAAAUCAUAUUUUAUUUUUCCUAUUAUGAAGGGGUUCGGUGAAUGCGCAUAUGAAACUGGUGGGGUUCGGUACCUCCAAAACGGUUAAGAACCACUGACCUAGGACAAACGGGCGUUAAAAAAAUAUCACUUUCGCCUAACGGGUGGAACCAACAAAAAGUUCAAUAAUAAAAAGGCUGAGCAGUAUUUAGGUUAAACAUUAUUGCAAAUAACAGUUACGUUACAACAUGUUCAUUAUUGGAAACCUCCGUUAGGUUUCUAGUAUUUAUUAGCGGAAUUCCCGAAACGUUAUUUUGACAUGCUGUUCUAAACUACGUAGUAUUAAUGGUUUCAUUUGAAAAUCAAGUAUAUAAAUCAGAAUUAUGCAUUAAAAAGAUAUGGUGCUCGCCGGAUCAGAGCCAAACCUGUCGAUGUUUGAGUUUCAUGUACGUUACAUUCCUUGACGUCAUGUGUGUUCAGACAGAGCUGUUACCGGGAAUGCCCAGAUCCUACCCUUAUGUAAGUCAAUCGGUAAGAUGGCCAAUGUUGGCCUGUGGAAACAUUAAUUUCAUUAGACUUGUUUAUAAUAUUAUAAUGCACAUGUAUUAUUGAUUUAUUUUUAAAUUAUUCUUUUGUAAAAAAAAAUAUAUAUAUAAAUUUCAAUCGAUUGAUUAUCGAACAAAAUAAAAAGGAAGGUACCACUUCAAUUAAGACUUAAAUUAAAUUAAGUUACAUUAAAAUUUUAAUAUCCAAUCAACAAGGGGAAUAAAAAUGUUUCAAAUAUUUGUUUAAAUAUAUCGCUUAAGCCUGAAUGUUUACAUUUGCAUCAAGUAAAAGGGUAAUUUUUUAAGAAAUCUAAUUAGUAAUACAUAGUUUAGAGAUCAAGAAUACGAUAACUCCAGUAAUUUCAAAUGUAAAUUUUCAGAUUGUAGUAAGUAUAAGUUUAUGUUAUAGGUAAUGUUAAGUAUGAGGUUAUGUUAAGAAUAAGGUUAUGUUAAGUAGGUACAUGUAUUUGGUGACGUAAGGAAUAAGGGGAUGUUAAAAAAAAUAUAAGGUGAUUUACAAUUUAACUUGAUGUAAAUUAUUAGUUGAUGAAAAGUGUUAGGUUAUUUUGAGUGAAUUGUGAUGGUGCAAAGCAUGGUAAAUGCAGCAACAAAACUUAAUUACUAGCCAAAGAGCAGCAGUUGACAUUCGUGUGCCUUAGUGCAAUUAUUUAGUUUAUAUUUCUUGGAACAAUUGUUAGACACGUCACAUCAUCUAACUUCACAACUUAUAACACUGUGCGCUAUUCUAAAUGUAAUUUUAAGACACAUCACACCGUCUAAAAGUAAUUUUUCAACAACAAAAAAUAAUGUUUAUAAUGACAUAAAAUCCACAUUUGCUUACUUGUAUAAUAUUCCCACUUAGGCUUAGGGUAUGUUUGUGAGUUUUAACAAAUCAAUCUGUAAUAGUAAUAGCAAUAUAUAGAAGACGUUAAAAAAAAUGGGGUAGGGGAGGGACUAAAUUUAAAAAUACUUUACUUAGGGGCGUCAUAUUGUCAUUUGUCGUUUUAAGGAUCGUAACAUCUAGUACUUAUGACGGCUAAAAUGAAAUAACCGUAAUAUUAGGUUAGUUGAACAUAUUCUUGGGGCAAAAGUUCAGCAAACGGGAAUUCAACAACACUCAAAUCGGGUAUUCCCCGAAACUGCCUCGGGAGCUUUAUCAAAAUAAAUGUAAAAACAGUUUACUAAUUAUGGUAAUUUUUUUUCGUUUAUUAUUUCAUUCAUAAGUUAUAUGAUAUUAAUUUUACUCAUUUAUAUACACUAUUGUGAACAUGUUUACCAGUUGUUGCUUUUUUUUUAUUUUAUUUUUAUUUCAAAUAAUAUUUUCCCAAACAAAAUUGAUUUAAUUGGUUGAAUAUGCCUUAUGCGAUUGAUCAUAGUCAUAGCAUUUAUAAGGAUUUAUUUCAACUACAUUUAUCUGUGCGUCUCUUUAUUUCAGUCCAAUAUUCCACUUCUAGUGCACCCACUGUUAGUCUUUUCAUUUUUUGAUACUGAUACAUAUUUUUUUUUUAUUUUUUUAAUAUUUUAACGUUUUAACUUAUGACGUAAUUUAAAAAUCAAUUUAAGAAUGUGUACGAUUAUAUUUACGAUUAACACGGGUGUACAGAUAUUUUGAGGAGUGGGAUAUGAUUAAUAUUCAGUGGCUACAUUUUUCUGUGGUUGUGAUAAUAGUAUCUUUAAAUAAUUCAUUUUUUCCCUACUUCAAAAAAAAAGUGGAUAGAUUCACCUAACUAUAAUUAUUUUACUUAGAACCAUUCUGUCUUUAUAUAGGCCUACACAUAUUUCUUUUCAUUUAUGUUUUCUUCUCCACAACAUUGGUUUAUGCCAAAUACUUCAGUCAUAUGAGUGUUUAUUAUUUACGACAUGACACCACUAAGUCUGCUGGCACAGUGGUCCCUGGUUUUUUUUUCAAAUCCAAUACUUCUGUCCUAUGAUUGUUUCUUAAUAUAAGACAUGACACCAUGAGGUCUGCUGGCACAGCGGUCCCCAUUUACUUUAACGCAAUGGCCCCGUCGUACAAUUAUUUUUAAUACGGUGAACUCGUGCAACUUUCUAAAAGAAAUAAAGACUUUAGAGGCCUAACCCUCGUGAAAAAAGAAAUUGCUGGGACCCUUGCGUUGUCGGCAUGUCCUGGUCAAAUGGAGCAUUCGGUUUGUAAAAAAAAAUCCCUUUAUGUCUACCCGACCUUUAUAUUGCAUUGUUUUUAUGUAUAUAUAAACCAUAUUUACAGUUAUCAUCAAAUUAAACAUGAGAUUGUGCAAUUGCCUAACACUUUGAGAAAGACUGCAUUUCUAAUUAUAGAAAUAUGAUGCAAAUGGUUUUUGUCAAGUUUUUUUUUUUUUAAAAUCUAAAUCAUUAUUAAUUGUACAAAUUUUCAUUUUCAAACAUUCGUUAACUAAACAUUAAACUAAAUAACGAUUAAAUUUCAAUGCUUUCUUUAUUUCAGUUAUUUAUUUAUUUUAUUUUUGUUUGUAAUAUGGCUCAUCUUUACAUGCCAAAUUAUGGUAUUUAUGAGGAGUCGAUUAUGGUGUGAUGGAAUGGCUCCUGACUCAGUCCCUUAUAAACCGUACAGACAUCAAGAGUUAUGCCUACCAUUUGAGGGCAUUUUGACAUGUAGCAGCAAUAUUAGUAGUAAUAGCAAUAGUAGUAGUAGUAGCAGUGGUAAUGGUGAGACUUUGGGAAUUUCCGUUUGUCAAUUUGAAUUAUUGGAGACUUUGGGUAUUCCCGAUUUUAAAUGUAAUUAUCGGGGAAAACGCAUUAAUUUGGUGUAAGAACAGGUACCGGUAAGUAACUUUUUGUUAGUGCAAAUCGUAUUAUCCUUGCAUUUAUAUUUAUUUUAGUUAUUUAUUUGUGGGGGGGUGGUAGUCUUUUGAUCUUUUACUUAGUUAAUGACUACCAACAAAAUGUAACAAACUUCCUAAUCAGAUUUAUUGACUGAGACUCUAAGAACAUCUAAGAUAACUUCACUGACCUCAAAGCCAUGACAGUUGACAGUUGACCGGGUUGGCUGAAGGACACGACAACAGUAAAUAAGACAUGUUAACACAAGUGCAGACACGUAAAGGUUAAAUCGUUGUUGCUGUUUUUUUUUUUUAAUAUGGAUAACUGACCUGGUGAAAAUGCCAUAAUUACAGCCUGAUUAAGUAAGUUUAGUAAGGAAUUGAAAGAGAAUAAACUUUUGAAAUGCUGUACUGUGGGAAAAAUGACAUCGGGAUAGACAUGACAUCAUUUAACAUAAUAAUAUGCGUAUUUUAAUCAUAUGUCUUUAAUAUAUGGGGAUUAUGAAAAAUACUUUGAAAGAUUAACAUAAUCUGCUUUGUUGAUGAUUGCUCUCAUAUUGUUUAAACAAGAGGAAUAAUAAUUACAAAGUUUAUCUAACAGUUCAUGUACACUACAUCUGUAUCUAAAACAAAUUACUGUUAAAAAACGGAAAUCCCCAUUGUUUUGCAAAAUAAAAAAUUAAAAACUCCACACACAAACAAAAAGAGGUCAAUGCUCCUCACCCUAGGAAUCUGCGCCAAAUCUUGGACAAACAAAGUCAGACAAUGACAAUUAUUUUCAUAAGUAUGUUGUUUUGCUUGGUUGUCUUCCUUGUCUUUAUGUUCUUCUAGAACGGCGGUUCUCUACCCGUGGGUCGCGACCCAUUUGGGGGUCGCACGACCUAUUCCCAGGGUCGCCUCAGACCAUCUGAAAACACAUAUGCUCUACAUUUAUGAAGUAACAACGAGCAUAAUUUUUUGGCUGGGGGUCACCACAACAUGAGGAAUUCUAUUAAAGGGUCGCAGCAUUAGGAAGGUUGAGAACCAAUUUUCUAGACCUUGUUCCUCUUGUAUGUGUGUGUUUUUCUUGUAUGUGUGUGUUGCUCUUGAAUGUGUGUGCUACUCUUGUAUGUGUUUGUUACGCAUGUGUUUGUACUCCUGUAUGUGUGUGUGGCUCUUGAUGUGUUCCUCUUGUAUGUGUCUUUCUUGACUGUGUUACUCUAGAUCAGCGGCUCUCAACCUGUGGGUCGAGACCCCUUUGGGGGUCAAACGACCCUUACACAGUGGUCGCCUAAGACCAUCAGAAAACAGAUAUUUAUGAAGUAGCAACGAAAAUAAUUGAUGGUUGGGGGUCGCCAAAACAUGGGAAACUACAUUAAAGGGUCGCGAUAUUAGGAAGGUUGAGAACCUCUGCUCUAGAAAAUGAUCAUCCUGAAUAUAAGUGAGUGGGUAACCCAAAAAAAAGUAACUAUUUCAAAUGGAACUCCUCCUGGACAUUUUUUUAAAGCCUAACAUAACUUCGUGUACUGCCUAAGCGAGUCAACCUUUCAGAUAGCCACUUGCUAUCAUGCGACCUUAAACCAUAUCUAUUUCCGCUACUGUCCGUUUAAGCGGAAUAUCCAUUUUUUUAAUGGCAACAGCGUAAAAUAUAAUCAGUUUACUUCUUUUCAGGUUACUCCAGGAUUGACGUCACAGACUAUUAUUUAAUUGAGCUUUAACGCCUGACUUUCGAAAUACUCCACCAAGUAUACAAAGUAUACAAAGUAUAUACGUUGUUAGUUUUUAAAAUGGAUGCCAUCAACCCAUCAGCCCUUGCAGUCAAAGAAAGUCCAUGAGGAAUGAACAGCGCCAUCUUUCUUGUCGUCUUGAUUACGUCAAGUGCACGCGCUGCUGAGAACAUGCUGCUCGAAGACUGCGAUGUGGGAACGUGCGGAGAGGGCGAGAGAUUCGACGUCAAGCUGCGGGCCUGCCAGCCGUGCGAUCGGGACACGUACAUCGACAUCUCCAACCACAGCUGCGAAGACUGCAGAAACUGCACGCGAGCGGACCGGUACGACGGGGAAAUCGUUGUCGCCAACUGCACGGCUGUUGCCGACGCCGUGAUCGGUUGCCACCAUGGCUACUUCAUGGUGGUCAACCAUCUGGCAGAGAAGGACCUUUCUUGCGAAAUCUGCAAGCGGUGCAAUGCCGAGGAAGUUGUCGAACAGAAUUGCACCGAGCGGAACGAUACGGUCUGCACGAGACGUGAAUCGGCGGGACUGGAUGUAAGAAAUAGAGCAUCUUCAAACAACAUCCCUACAGUUAUAGUUGCUUCAGCGGUGGCGUUGGUGGCGGUCGUGAUUUGUUGUGUUUUCUUAAUCGCCGCAAGACGGCGCAUCAAAGCAGUUUGCAGAUGCGUUAAGCUCCCGUGCCUAAAGGAAAGAACAGAGCGUACAAUGCGAAAAGCAUUGAUGGAAAGUAAGUAGGCCUACGUAUAAAAGAUUGAACUUCAUGCUGAUUGUGAGACGUCAGCGAUUAAAAUUCUUAUCAAAUUAUAGUUGCUUUAAAAUUUAAGACAAUAAUUUUAUUUUAUUUUUGUGUAUUCUAGCUUUAAACGGCGAAUAAAAAUGGAUGAAUUUGUUCUGCUUGUAUUAACAUAGAUUAUUUGUUUCCUAUUGUUCGAUGUUCUAGGCGACAGUACACCAGAACUGUGCGAGAGUGCAAUCUAGACACAAGAAUUGUGCGGGAAAAAUCUGGACAACAGAACUUUGCGAGGGAGAAAUCUAGAUACCAGAACUGUGCGAUAGGGGAAUCUAGACAUCAGAAAUAUGCGAGAGUUAAAUCUAGAUAUCAGAAAUGUGCGAUUGUGAAAUCUAUAUAUCAGAAAUGUGCGAUUGUGAAAUAUAGACAUCAGAACUGUGCGAGAGUGAAAUAUACACAUCAGAAAUGUGCGAUUGUGAAAUCUAGACAUCAGAAAUGUGCGAGAGUAAAAUCUAGACAUCAGAAAUGUGCGAGAGUAAAAUCUAGCCAUCAGAAAUGUGCGAGAGUGAAAUCUAGACAUCAGAAGUAAGCGAGAAUGAAAUCUAGACAUCAGAAAUGUGCGAGAAUGAAAUCUAGACAUCAGAAAUGUGCGAGAGGGAAAUCUAUACAUCAGAAAUGUGCGAGAGUGAAAUCUAGACAUCAGAAAUGUGUGAGAGUGAAAUCUAGACAUCAGAAAUGUGUGAGAGUGAAAUCUAGACAUCAGAAAUGUGCGAGAGUGAAAUCUAGACAUCAGAAAUGUGCGAGAGUGAAAUCUAGACAUCAGAAAUGUGUGAGAGUGAAAUCUAGACAUCAGAAAUGUGUGAGAGUGAAAUCUAGACAUCAGAAAUGUGUGAGAGUGAAAUAUUUUGGUGGAUACAAUUUUUUAGGAAAACAUUCAAGACAAGAAAAAUAAAUAAAAUCAUGGGAGCUCAUUAAUUAGACAACAUCAUGGGAGCUCAUUUGUGAGACAACAUCAUGGGAGCUCAUUUGUGAGACAACAUCAUGGGAGCUCAUUUGUGAGACAACAUCCUGGGAGCUCAUUUGUGAGACAACAUCCUGGGAGCUCAUUUGUGAGACAACAUCCUGGGAGCUCAUUUGUGAGACAACAUCCUGAGAGCUAAUUGGGGAGACAAUAUCCUGAGAGAUCAAUGUUGAGACAACACCACGGGAUAUCAUUGGUGAGACAACGCCAAGAGAGAUCAUUGGUGAGACAACACUAUGAGAGAUCAUUGGUAAGACGACACAUAAGAGAUCAUUGGUGAGACAACACCGUAAGAGAUCAUUGGUGAGACAACACCAUAAGAGAUCAUUGGUGAGACAACACCGUAAGAGAUCAUUGGUGAGACAACACCAUGAUAGAUCAUUAGUUAGACAGCAUCGUGAGAGCUUAUUAGAGAGACAACAUUAUAAGGUUAACCCAAUCCGGCAAUACCUAUCAUCGUACGAUCUGAUGAUGUACGCUUUGCAAAUCUUUUGACAUGUCCAGCAAUGGUUUAAGAUUCAGGUAAAUUUGAUUGGGGGAAAAAAGGAAAAAAUACUUGACUAGAAAGAAGAGGUGUGUGGACUGAAAAAUGCUGUGACCAAAAUAUUUUAUUACAAUAGCUCAAUUAUGAUACUUUUUUUUUUUUUGGCUUUUGAAAAUUUUGAAAAAUAUUUUA